AUGGCGGAUGACGACCUAGCUAAGGUAAAGCCGUCACAUCUCCCGGCCCGGGCAGCGACUGACGAACACAGAUCAGAGCAGCUCGGCUGGCGCAGCUCAAGCAGCAAGGGAGAGGAGGAUCAGGCGACAACGGCGAGGAGGAUGACCAGGACCAGAGAAGGGGAGUCUGUCAACGCCACCGCCUCCAAUGAGGCUAACCAACGGUGCAGGAAACAAGAAACAGAAGCACGAUCAUCCAUCCUCAACCAGAUCCUCGAACCUGAAGCCGCGGACCGACUGGGCCGGAUACGAAUGGUCAAAGAGUCACGCGCGACUGACGUCGAGAAUAGAUUGAUCAUGCUGGCUCGGUCGGGUCAGCUGCGCGCCAAAGUCACCGAAGAUCAACUUAAGGAUAUGCUUGCGAGUUUGUCAGAGCACGAGAAACAGACGGGACACACUGUGGAAAGCGUCAAGGUGGUGCGGAGAGGCGGCUGGGACGAUGACGACGAUCUGGACGACCUGCUGAAGGAGUCUUGA